CGUCCCUGUCCCCGUCCCCAGGGAGCGGCAGGGCGAUGGGACGGGGCCGCUGCAUCCCGCGGGAUGCGGGAGGACGGGCCGGGUGUGCGCAGGCGGUGCCGGGGCUGCGGUUCGUGCUGUUGGUAUGGCCCGUGAGCUCCUCCAUCUUCCCGCUUGGACUGAAAAAAAAAAUGUGGAUAACGGGAUAGCGGCGCUUUGCUGGAGGACAGGAUGCUGUUCCCGCUGCCCCUGCGUGCGGCCUGCAGCCUGCUGGCCUGGUUCUGCCUCUACAAGUGGUUCUGCCACCGCUACCGGCACCGGAACCUCGAGUGGAGCUGCAGGCUGGUCACACUGACCCACGGCAUCCUGGCCACCUGCCUGUCCGCUUACAUCGGCUUCAUCGACGGCCCCUGGCCCCUGAGCCACCCAGGGUCACCCAACACAACCCUUCAGGUGCACGGGCUGUGCCUUAGCUUGGGCUACUUCAUCUUCGACCUGUGUUGGUGCGUGUACUUCCAGACGGAGGGAGCCCUGAUGCUGGCCCACCACCUGGUGAGCAUCGUGGGCAUCGCCGCCUCCUUGGCCCUGGGCGAGUCGGCCGCGGACGUCAACGCCGUCAUCUUCGGCAGCGAGAUCACCAACCCGCUGCUGCAGGCCCGCUGGUUCCUCAAGGAGCUGGGCCACUACCACACCUUCACGGGCGACGUGGUGGAUUUCCUCUUCGUGGUGCUCUUCACCGGCGUGCGCAUCGGCGUGGGGGCCUGGCUGAUGUACUGCGAGCUGGCCUCGCCCAGGCCCUGCUGGUACAUCAAGCUGGGAGGGGUCAUCAUGUACGUGGUGUCCUGGGUGUUCAUGGUCAGCAUCUGCCGCUUCGCCCGCAGGAAGAGCAUGAGGAAGUACCAGGCCUGGAGGAGCCGCAGGAGCCACGAGCUGGGCUUGAAAACCAACGGGCAUCUCAAAAGCCACUGAGUGGAGGGCGAGCAAAGAGUCCCUCGAGUUUGCGGGCUGGCAAGGAGGGGGAUGGUGCCUGAAACGCCACUGUCGGGAGAGGAGCCGACACACGUUAGCAGUUCUGGAGCCAAAUUUAUCCCUGGCCUAACUCCACUGAAAUCCAUGGAGCUAUGCCAUGGAUUCCCUGGGUCUGCAGCGCUCGGCCUGGCAGAGGCUGGCGCGGUGUGUACGUCAGCACAGCCUGACCGAGGAGGGAAAGAAGGGCUAAUUUUAUAGACUAAACAUGACUAGUCCAGCAGUGCAGGUGUAAAUAGUGAUGUCUGUAGCCAACUCCUUCGGGAUCUUGGAAGAGAGGAGGAGAUCUCCAUGUCCAGAUCCUGUGCAGUCUAGGCAGCUGGAGUGACUCUUCAGGCUGGUAGGAACAAGUGUUCUGCUGUGGCAUCCAAGCUGGGAUUCCUGGCUCUUCCACCACCUCGUUGUGUGACCUUGGGCAAGUCACACAGCUCGAACUCUGUGCCUAAUUCCCCCUCUGUGACUUGGGGGAGUUGGAGCUGCUCCAUCUGUUACGCACUUUCAGAUUUUUACUUGAGAGGUGCUAUAUAAAUGCAAAGUGAUGGUUGUUAUCUGCACUUGGUUCAUCAUCCCUGUGUUUCCCUUGGGAGAAACAACUUUGGUGGUCGAGCUAGAGCGAGACUCUAGAAAAAUCAGUAUUUUAGGUAGGUUGUUGUUUCCUACCCUUUCUAACUCCUUUUAAUAACUUAUUCAGUAACAUAUUGAUAACUUAUUUUUUGUAGUUACCAGAAGCUCUAAUCAGCGCUGGCGCCAUACAGGACUAGGUGCUCUGUGAAUACACCCAAGGACACAGACCCAGAAGGGAAAUUUUUUCCUGAUUUUUCCCCUCUUCUUCCCUGACUGUUAAAACUCCCCUACAAACACUGCUUUUAGCUCCUUGGGUAACCAGCACACUCCACUUUGAGAAGCCCCAUCAGGAUUUGCCAUUCAGGGGUUUUCUUGCUGAUGAGCCAAGCCCUGAUUUUGUCUCCAGAACACCAAAAUUCCCUCUUGCUGUGCCCCAAAUCCAAACUGGGAUUUCUGGUUGCCCAGGAUCUGCCCUGUGGAAGCCACAGACUGACCUUGGCUCUCCUUCAUCUGAACUGAUGCCUUGACCCCUGGGCUUUGAUUUCCCUCUGAUUGGCUCUGAGUCACUUUAUAAAAGUGAACAUUUAGAGGGUCAGAGAGAUUGAUUUUACAGCUUAGCAAUUAAAGAACUGAGAGGCCCAGAAUCUGGUCCUUUUAAAGCAAAAAUAAACCUGGCUGGGAGAAAAAUAAGCAUUACUUAUCCGGUCCCAUUUGUAGGGAAAAGCCAUGCCCAGUUGGGAGCUUCUGGAGUUUAUUUCAUUGCAUGUCCUUAAGCUGUUCCUUUGUUGUUGCUGCAAUUUUGAGCAUUUCCUUUGAGCCUCCAGUGCAGCUCAGGUGCCCCCUUUUGCUCGAGCCUUGCAUGCUGCAGCCAAAGACCUGAAGAAGCCCCAAAAAACCCUUCAGAUGAGCAGAGCCAACUGAUGAGCUGGUCCUGGAGAGGAAACUUGACCCAUCCAGCACUAUCAAGCCUUGAAAGGAGACCAGAAGGGCUGGCUGGGGCUUGCUGGUUCUUUUUCCCAGCUCUGCUGCUCUGUUGAGCAUAUCCAGGAGCCUUUCUGCCUCAACUUAACCCACUUUGGGAAGUGGGUCCAGGCUUACCUACCUCAUAGGGUGUUUCCAUUUAGCACCAAGCCACCUUUGAUGGAUUCUCGGCGGUUUGUGUCAGGCUGUGCUGUAUAAAAGUUGCUUUGAGUGAAGCACUUCCUGCUAUGAGCCAUCAGCAGUGCUUUGUCACCUGAGCUGGGCACUUCCCAGCGUCCCAAAAGCAGGAGUGAGGUGUUUUGCAAAGGUGCUGAAGGGCAGGAGUCACAGGGAGUGAGCUGGACAUGCACAUGAAGGUCAGCUGUGCUGCUGCAUCCUCACAGGGAGCCCCAAGCUGAGGAAAAGGUGUCUGCUGGCUUUUGCCUGGUCAGGGUUGCAGGAAUCUGGAGCCAAAAGGGUCUCAGGCACUGACCUGAGCAGGGAACGAGGGCUUUGAGCAGCAGCUCCUGCAGAAAUGGUGAAGGCAGGUCCUGGGGGUGAAAACAGGCUGGUCCUGAUGCUGAGCUGCUGAGCUGCCCACCACGAAGAGUUUCCAGAGCAGCCCUGGGGGUUUGGAAAGCUCAGCAGCCCUGACCUUCACUGAGGGUUGGGGUGCAGCUUCAUGGGGUUCCAGCCCUUACCUGCCCAGGUGGAUGAGGAUGGCAGUGACUGCAGCAUCUGUGAAUCGCCUCUGUGAAGAUAUUUUGGAUUGCAAUGGUUUGAGUGGUCCCAUUUUCUAAACAGGGGGGAAAAUUGGUUGGAAGAAGGAGAGCACUGCUCAUCUCUGAGGCUUUAGAAAGUAAACAAGAAAACAAAAGGGCAAUUAGAAAUGGCGUUAUGAGGCAGAGCAAGGCCUCGUAGCCCAUUUAGUGGGCUCCAGCAGAGAAUCACAGACCCAAAAGUACAAAUUCCAAGCUGUGGAGCACAGAGUGGGACCUGUCCUCAGGCUAGUCCACAGUGGCUAGAGCAAACUGUGAGAAGAAACUGCAGAACUAGUGUGAAAUAAUAACUUGUGUCUGAAUUACUGUGUAAUACCAACUAAUGUUCCACCAGAGAAUGGUGUAGAUGCUUUGUAUUAAGUUUUAUAAAAAUAAAGAUUAUUUAAUUAUUGGG